AUGGCGCAAUGGUCCGUCGGCGUCAAGGCGAGGACAAGUCGUUCUCCGUACGGAGCCGAGAUGUUGACCCGACGUGGUACCGCACCCCCUGCAGCGUGUCGGCGGAAUGGUGUACAACUUGGUGGCAGACGCAAAGUGCUGGUGUUGCAUGGCCGUGGCUCGGAUGCUUUCCCCAGACGCCCCACACUGCCCGCAGACCCCUGGAACCCCGCACCAGCUCACCUCGACUCGCCCUCCAAGUACGGAGUACCUGGACGUUUGGGUACCUGGGCACCUGUGCAGAAUGCACCUGCGCUAGGUAACGUUGGCGCCGCCUCCGUCCUCCAACUUGACGUCCACCACUUCAAGACUACCCCUCCUUUAAUAGCUUCGCCUAGACCUCUCUGCGUCUUCUUGACUCAAUGGCACAAUACCCCUGGACAAGCCAAGCAGCGGGCUCUGGUUCCGUCCGUGACUCGCAAGUCCCUGGCACUGGUUCGCCAUGCUUCUGUCGUAACGACAACAGCUCCGGAAGUCGGAGCACAACAGAAUUCUACAGCUGUAAUACCUCCGACGACACCGUAUGGUCAACUUACCGUUGGUGUGCCCAGGGAGACCUACCCCGGUGAGCGUCGAGUUGCCUUGACGCCGGCCAAUGUCGCACUUUUGCUCAAGAAGGGCUUCAAAAAGGUCAUUGUUGAGCGCGGUGCUGGCUCCCAGGCCGAAUUCCUCGACGAGGCCUAUGAAGAGGCCGGCGCUACCUUGGUUGACGGCCCACAGGCCGUGUGGUCCGCAUCUGAUGUUAUUCUCAAGGUUCGCAGUCCGUCCACGGACGAGGUUGACUCUAUUCAGGAGAAGCAGACUGUCAUUUCUCUCCUCCAACCCGCCCAGAACCAGGAUCUGGUUCGAAAGAUUGCAGACCGCAAAGCAACCAUAUUUGCCAUGGAUAUGAUUCCCCGAAUUUCUCGAGCGCAGGUUUUUGACGCCCUCAGUAGCAUGGCAAAUAUUGCUGGUUACAAGGCUGUUUUGGAGGCAUCUAAUGUUUUUGGACGAUUUUUGACCGGCCAGGUUACUGCUGCUGGCAAGAUCCCCCCUUGCAAGGUCCUAAUCAUUGGUGCAGGUGUCGCUGGUCUGAGUGCGAUUGCUACAGCUCGACGAAUGGGCGCCAUUGUUCGUGGAUUUGAUACCAGACCUGCUGCCAGGGAGCAGGUGCAGUCGCUUGGCGCCGAAUUCAUCGAGGUUGACAUCCAGGAAGAUGGCUCCGGAGCCGGUGGUUAUGCCAAGGAAAUGAGCAAGGAAUUUAUCGAAGCUGAAAUGAAGCUUUUCAAGGACCAAGCCAAAGAGGUUGACAUUAUUAUUACCACUGCCCUUAUCCCUGGCAAGCCUGCUCCGAAGCUUAUUAAAACUGACAUGCUGGAUGUCAUGAAACCUGGCAGCGUCGUGGUUGAUCUCGCAGCCGAGGCUGGCGGUAACUGCGAAGCUACCAAAAAGGGCGAGUUGGCAAUGUAUAAAGACGUCAAAAUUAUUGGUGAGUUCAAAGUUGUCUGCAAAAUGUGGCCCGUCGCCGCCUUUCGUGGUAUUGACGUAGAUGCAGGAUACACCGAUCUGCCUUCACGCCUGCCGACCCAGUCUUCGACCCUCUACUCGAAUAACAUCACCAAGUUCCUGCUUUCAAUGGCCCCCAAAGACAAGGAAUUCGGAAUUGACCUAUCAGAUGAAGUUGUGCGCGGCUCAAUUGUUACCCAGAAUGGUGAAAUUCUGCCCCCUGCUCCCCGGCCUGCUCCGCCCCCAGCUGCUGUGAAACCUACCGCUGAGCCUGUGGUGGAGGUUGUCGAGCUCACUCCUUGGCAGAAGAAGACGCGAGAGGUUGCAACUGUUACCGCUGGUAUGGGAAGCGUGCUCGCCUUGGGAAAGUUUACUGGUCCGCUCUUCAUGUCCAAUGCUUUCACCUUUGGUUUGGCUAGUUUGAUUGGUUAUCGUGUUGUUUGGGGAGUUGCUCCCGCACUGCAUUCUCCUCUCAUGAGCGUUACAAAUGCUAUUUCCGGCAUGGUUGGCGUUGGUGGACUUUUCAUCCUGGGAGGCGGUUAUGUUCCUGAGACGAUUCCUCAAGUAUUUGGUGCCCUGAGCGUUUUGCUUGCCUUUGUCAAUGUUGGUGGCGGAUUCGUAAUUACCAAACGAAUGCUGGAUAUGUUUAAGCGGCCGACCGACCCCCCCGAGUACCCCUGGCUGUAUGCUGUGCCUGCAGCUCUUUUUGGUGGAGGGUUUAUUGCUGCUGCGUCUACUGGGGCUGCUGGACUUGUUCAAGCCGGAUAUCUCAUCAGCUCCGUUCUUUGCAUUGGAUCAAUCUCUGGUCUUGCUUCUCAGGCCACUGCCCGUAUGGGCAACAUGCUCGGCAUUCUAGGUGUCGGGUCCGGUGUUUUGGCCAGCCUGCUCGCUGUUGGAUUUUCGCCUGAAGUUCUGACUCAAUUUGGAGCACUUGCCACUGUUGGUGCAUUAGCUGGAAUGCUAAUAGGCAAGCGAAUCACGCCUACCGACCUUCCACAGACAGUUGCUGCGCUACACUCCGUGGUUGGUUUGGCUGCUGUCUUGACCAGUAUUGGUAGUGUUAUGGCUGACGUUACGGAUAUUUCAACCUUGCAUUUGGUUACUGCAUAUCUCGGUGUUCUUAUCGGUGGCAUUACCUUCACUGGUUCUCUCGUCGCGUUCAUGAAACUAGCGGGCAAGAUGUCAUCUAAACCCACGAUUCUUCCUGGCCGACAUGUGAUAAAUGGGGGAUUGCUCGCUACUAAUAUGGCUACAAUGGGCGCCUUCAUCACCAUGGCGCCGGGCAGUCCCUUGAUUGCUGCAGGUGCUCUUGCUGCAAACACGGCACUUAGUUUCGUCAAGGGUUACACUACGACUGCCGCAAUUGGUGGUGCCGAUAUGCCCGUUGUCAUCACCGUGCUAAAUGCCUACAGCGGAUUCGCCCUUGUAGCUGAGGGCUUCAUGCUGGAUAACCCACUCCUUACCAGUGUUGGAGCGCUGAUCGGCGUAUCCGGCUCUAUCCUGUCGUACAUUAUGUGCGUGGCAAUGAAUAGGUCACUCACAAAUGUCUUGUUUGGCGGGCUGUCAACACCAACAGCAGUGCAAGAAUUCAAGCCCCAAGGAGAAGUCACGCAAACAAACGUGGAUGAGCUGGCAGAUGCACUGCUGAAUUCGGAAUCAGUGAUUCUGGUUGUUGGCUAUGGCAUGGCUGUGGCAAAGGCCCAGUACGCAAUUUCGUCAAUUGUUUCGCAUUUGCGAUCCAAGGGCAUCACUGUCCGGUUCGCUAUUCAUCCCGUGGCAGGCCGAAUGCCGGGUCAGUGUAAUGUUUUGCUUGCCGAAGCCAGUGUCCCGUAUGACAUUGUGCUGGAAAUGGACGAAAUCAAUGACGACUUCCCCGACACUGACUUGACUGUUGUCAUUGGUGCCAACGACACUGUGAACCCCAUUGCUAUGGAGAAGGGCAGUGCGAUAGAGGGUAUGCCUGUGCUGCAUGCGUGGAAGAGCAAGCAAGUUGUAGUGAUGAAGAGAGGCAUGGCAAGUGGAUAUGCCGAUGUUCCGAACCCUAUGUUUUACAUGCCCAACACAAAGAUGUUGUUUGGUGAUGCAAGGAACACUUGCGAAGCAAUCAAGACAGCGAUUGAAGCUAAGAUGUAG